GUCCGCCGGCCCCGCGCCCGCCGGCCGCGCCGCCCGCCCUCACCGCUCGUCCCCGCUCUCUCCGCAGCUCUCCUCGGGACCCUCCGCCGCCCCGCCGGCUUGGCGGCUGCCGCCGAUCCCAGCGCUCCGGCCCGGCAGAGCCACGGCCCCCCCCAGCAGGGCCACGGCAGUUCCAAGGCUGCGUCUUUGCACUGGACAGGUGAGCGAGCUGUCAGUGUCCUCUUGCUGGGUCUCCUUCCUGCAGCCUACCUGUAUCCUGGACCAGCCAUGGAUUAUUCACUGGCUGCAGCCCUCACUCUCCAUGGCCACUGGGGCCUUGGACAGGUAAUAACUGACUAUGUCCAUGGAGAUACACCCAUUAAACUGGCCAAUACAGGUCUGUACGUACUGUCAGCUGUUACCUUCGCUGGCCUCUGCUACUUUAACUAUCACGAUGUUGGUAUCUGCAAGGCUGUUGCCAUGCUGUGGAGCCUCUAAGAUGCGACCGAGUCCGUGACAAACAUGAUUGUUCACUGCUGCCUCUGCUUCAUCAUAUUUUUACCAACAUUUAAUGCAAAACAAAUAACCAAGGGUCCAUAUUACAUAUAUGUAUGUACUGCAGCGAGUUCAAAGCUAGUCUUUCAGAAAGAAAUAUCCAACAGCAGUAAAAGUUAGAAAACAAAAAGUAGAUUUAAAGUGGAUAAUGUCGAGGUGAGAGUGAGUUGAUUUAAGCUGCACUGUAAACUGGGAGCAAUUAGUUGCAUCACUGACAGAUUUACAUAGCUGAAGGUAACUUUCCUUGUAAUGGCAGCUUUAAUGAGUGUUUUCCUAAAACAACUGUUGUUUGGUUUCCUGUUUUGUAAAACCAACUGGACUUGCAGAAAAUUGAACUCUUAUUUCUGACAUCACAACAACUGCACCAUAUGUAAGGCACACCCUGUAACUCCUUGGACCCUGAGAGUUAUGUAGAAAAGGGAAUACUGUUUUCUUAAUCCAUACAAUAAAGAAUUUACAGAA